AUGGCCCAGCUCCAUGGUGGAGGCUACGUCUGGAAGGAGUUUGUGUUCGCAGCCUCUCUCUUGGCCUGGUGGACUGUCCAUCAGGCCUGGGCUGCUCUCCUCAUCGAGAAGAUUCCUGAGGUGCCCCAAGAGGGCCAAGAUGUCCUUCUGUCUGUUCACGGUGUCUCAGGGGCCAUCCAGGAUUUCAACUGGUACCAGGGUGAGGAGACCGAUGGUGGCACAAUGAUCUUCUCUUACAUCCCAGGCCUCCCGAGGCCACAGAGGGAUGGAAAUGCCAUGAAGGGGAGGAACAUCAUUGGAUUUCCCAAUGGCUCCCUCCUCCUCCGCCAAGCCAAGCCCAGCGACAGUGGCACCUACCAAGUGGGCAUCACCAUCAAUCCAGCCUGGAUCAUGAGGGCCAAGACUAAGCUACAAGUCACAGAGAAAGCCUUGAAUUCCACUGGCCCCAUUCAAAAACACCAGGAUCCAGAGAAGGACAGCUUCCCACCCAUGAGCUUGGGGACCACAGUCACCAUUGUCGUUGGCUGCCUGGGUUUUGGGGCCCUCAUUGUGGGCAGUGGCUUGGUCUAUCUGCUGGUCACUAGAAGCUGGAGGACCAAAAGUCCUGGGGCCAUAACAGAAAAACCAGAUGUUGAAAGACACAUGUGCCUUAAACACAAAGCUGAUGGCAGUAACAUCUACGAGGUGAUCCACUCUCCCAGUAUCCUGAUAACCCCAACAAGUGACAAAGGAAGCAGUGGUCCAAACCUGACCACAACUACGCCCCAGACCAGGAACCAUGAAGCUGAAGAUCACCGUUACCAGGAGCUGCAGUACCCAGACCCCGCUCCCUACUGCCAACUCACACCCACAGCCUGA